UUGGGGAAUUUGCGAGCCUCUUCAAUGGUGAUCGGAUUAAAAAUAAAAUAGAAUAGUUCUUUCCAAAAAAAAAAAAGCUAUUGGAUUUUUCUCCUCCCUCGCUUCUCCGGGCGAUCGACGCCGCCUUUAGAGAAGUGGAGCGCGAUUUUUAAUUUUAUCUAGCUUUGUAUCUGAUGAAUACCUUAUAAAGAAUUUGGGCGACUUUCUGUGUUUAAACCUAGAGGGUUUCAAUUAGCGAUAGCUAAAAAAAAUCGAAUCAUUAACGGUAGAUGGAGUUGCGGAGGGAAGCUCCUACCUUGCUGGAGCUUUGCAAACAGUUGGCAAUCUAUAAUGUUAGAUACAUCGGGAACGUUGAAGCGUUGGAUUUGCAUCUGUUGAAGGAUAUUUUACCUCACUGCACUAUUGAUCAAUUGACUCGCAUAGAAGAUGCUACAAAAGGAAGGGACCUCAGUCCAGUGACCGAUGACUUGUGGAAGAGAUUCUAUGAGAAUCAAUUUGGUGUGGAUAAUACAAAUAAUGUCAUCAGGAAGAUGAAGCAGAAGCGAAUAGUAUUUAAGUGGAGACGUCUCUAUGAGGCAAAGAUGAAAGUAAUCGAAGAAGAACAAAAUCAGAUAGCUAAAAAAAUUAAACAGAGAUAUGAAGAAAGCGAGGCUAAGAGACAAAGCCGACAAAUCCGACUUUGUAACAAAGUUCCACCUUCAAGCGGUAAAAGAAGCUUUUAUGGAGGAAGUGGAUCGAGCAACAGCUGUUCCAAUUUGAGGGGCAACCUGAUGAAGAAGGCAAAAAUGGAAUAUCUUAAUAGCCAUGAGGCAAGAAUACAUGCAGCUAUGAGAAAAAAUGCUUUGGAAAGAAAGAGCUUUCCAACCCAAAGUACCCCUCGUUCAUCAAAACCUAAUAAUUUUUCUGGAAAUUCAUUGUCCAGUUCUAAAUUAGCAAGGCCAGGGGAAAGAAAAUAAUAGCAAUUAAACUCUUACUUUCGGGGUUCCCUGUUUGAGGAAGCAGGUUUAUUUGUAAUGUGCUGGGGGCUCUGCUCAUGGAGUAUGUGUGCUAGUUUUAUAUUUGGUGCAUCCAAUGGUCUGUCCCCUGGUUGGUGGUCUUCAUUGUUCUUUGACCGCUCAUCCUUUCUUAUCUCCUUUUUCCUAAGGUCAGAUAUUCUUCUAUAACAAGGAAGAAAAAUUUGUGGUUACAUUGUUCAUGUAAAUUUGAAACAUUCUCUCUAUAUGAUGCCCCUUUACGUUUCAUGCA